GUGAUUUUUUAAAUAAAACUUUUGUUUUAUUUAAUUUUAAUUAAACAAAAUGCAUUUCUUACACUGUCACAGCUUUGUUAGAACUGGUAAUCCUCAUUAAAUUUUUCCAAAUUCUGUUUAGUUGCAUUUUGGUGAUCGAAUGGUGAAAAAAAGUAUCGGUUACAUUUACUGAGUCGGAUUUUUUAAUCGGUUCACCGACUGACAAGUGGCUCGUUUUUAUUUCUCUCGCACUAAACAGGACAUUUUGCAAAAUCUUCAUAUUCGUGGUUAUGAUUUAUAUAUCUCCCCAUCGAACAUUAAACCGUUCAUAUUUCCAUCAUCCAACCAAAAUUAAAAGGAAAAAAAAAGAUUCGGGUGUGUGAGUCGACUCUGAGCUUUGAUCCAAAAGAGUCGGUUCGAAGACUCGAUCGCGGGGCGAAACCCUGUCUAUCAGUAUGUGCGGGGUGUAAAAGUGCAGUAAUUUGACGUCCUGAAUAAUGGAUGAGCUGGAAGUUAUGAGGACAGAAAUGCAUAAGCCGAAGCCGGUGCAGUAUUUAUCUAAAAAGCUGUACGAUACGUUUCGGAGUAAAACCCGAGUCAGUGUCGGAGCAGCGUUUGACCGAUGGAGAGCUCUAAAAGAGGAGAAAGGCCUGAAAACAGACGCACAGCUCGCCAGAUUUCUCUUGGAUAGCUAUGAAGGGAUUUCACGGACGGCAAAAAGUCACAAACGCAUUCCCUCAGGAGCGACAGAAGUUUCUCUUCGCGGGAGCUGUAUCUCAGAGGACGACCCGUCAGCGCCGGUGGAGAUCGAGCUCGAAUUAACAGGCAGCAUGAUGGACAAGACAUCGGUGGGUUCACAAGGAUGUGGAAGAGAUCCCACGUCACCCGGUGCCUCAGAUGAAGACGGAUACAGCAGCUUACCCGAGAGCAGUUACGCGAUCUUGAGCAAAGAGGUGUUGGUGCUUCUGAUGUUCCGCUGUUUGGAGUGCUCCAGCGAGUGCCGCCUUCGAGGAAUCGGCAAAGGCGGGAGUCUGUCUCUCGGACAAGAGUGUCUGUCCUGCUCGAACUACAGACUGUGGUCCUCCAGACAGGCCGAGAAGCCGAAAGAGAAGGUGGACGAUGAACGCUAUGAAGACACUUUCACUCAGGUGUCCGAUACCUCGCUGGCGUCCGUGCCUUUUCCUACAGGACGCGGUAAAAACGCAGACACACAAGACGAGGACGAGGCUGAGACCAUAUCGAGCGUUAUAGUGAAAGAGGAACCAGAAGAAUGCGACAGCGCGGUAAAGGAGGAGCAUCCGAGCCUAAUCCUGGACACCCACGAGGAUUGUGUAUCUACUGCUGCAGUGCAGGAUGAAGCUUUGAGGGUAAAAAGUGAGACGGACGAACUGAGUCACCUCGAGGCCGAGCAGGAAAUGCUGCUGAUCGACGAGACCGGCCGAGUGAGGCGUGCCGAGCUACAGAGAGACGACGAUGAUGGCGAUGAUGAUUUUGAGGACGAAGAGGAUUUAGAAGGUGACGAAGAUUCAAGCUCUUACGAUCCGUCCGAGGAUCCGGGCGAAGAAUCGUCCGAUUUGGACAACACCAGAAAGCUCAUGGUCCUGAAACCAUUUCAGAACACCAUCAGACCGAUCAUUUGGUGUACAGACUGCGCAGACACAGCCAAGAUGAUCUGUACAAUCCGCAGGCACAAAAGGAUCUACGGUUGCGCAGAGUGCGGCGACGCCGGGGACGAAAGCGGCACUUUUACGGACUUCUCCGUUCAUUUCAGCAACAUCACGAGUUUCCACAAGCACGCCAUGAAGGAGCACGGCGCCAAGGAGAUCCCUCCCGAGAACCGAGUGUGCGAGGAUUGCCACAAAACCAUCAGGAUGCCGACUAACCCUAACAAAAAGCCGCGGGAGCACGUGUGCGAGUACAAGAUCAAGCCGUUCGCGUGCCACCUGUGCCGUAAGCGCUUUUUUACCGAAACCGGACAAAAGGUGCACUAUCGCCGUCUCCACGGGGACUACACGCACUUCUGCAAGUACUGCAUGAGGCCGUUCGAUACGAAAGAGUCGAAGCUGAAGCACGAGACGACUCAUAGUGAAGAACCUCUGCCGUACAUCUGCCCCGACUGCCCGGAGAAGUUCCAAGACUUCGUCGCACGCAACCAGCACCUGCGCAGCCACCGGGGCGAAAAGAAACACGUGUGCGACAAGUGCAACCGGAGAUUCGGCGACCUCGCCAGCUACGACCGUCACAUGCGGAUACACUCCGGAGAAAAGCCAUACACGUGUAACGUCUGCGAGCGCUCCUUCACGCAGGCCGGACACCUCAAGUCGCACAUGCGUCUACACACGGGCGAAAGGCCGUUCAUGUGCGAACAGUGCGGGAAGUGUUUCAAUCACAACGUCAGCCUCAAGAACCACCUGCAGAAGCAUCACCAUGGUCACGCCACUCCGCCGAGGGAGGACCGGAACCCGGCCGACGCCUCCGGGACCCCGAAGCGGGCCAGAAAACGAGUGAGGAAAGACUCCGCGGAGGAGGACAGGGGGGGGGUCGAACGUCGCUCCGGGAGCGAGACGUCCGAUUCCGCCGAAGAGUGGACCAAAACGGGACGGAAGAUGAAGGCUAGGAGGAAGAAGCCACGGGAUGAUGACAAGGGUGGCGAAUGAACAUUACAGAUUAUAGUAUUUAUAUUUUUACAGCCUUUCCUGAUCUCAGAAAAGCUGCCAUCCAUGAGGAUCGGUUUUGGUCUGGGUAUCAGUUUUCUGCGACUGCGUUUAAGUGGCACGGAAAAAACAAUAUUGCGAGUAUAAAGUCGAAACUAUGAGAAUAAGUGGAGUCCCUUAUUCUAGUAUUGCUACGACUUAAUUCUUGUACAUUUUGUAUUUUUAUUCAUAGUAUUAACAUACUAAAACACCAUCGUAUUUUUCAUAUUCAGUGCCUCAGAAAUCAAUUUGAUGUCAUUUAAUUAAUACAUCGGCCAAACAAAAAUUGCUAAAAUGGCGGGGCUUCAAAUGUAACCAUUCUUUAGUGUAUUUUAACCAAUUUUUCUGUUCACUAAAACACCAAACUCCAGGAACACACCAAAAACCACACCUUUUUUUUUUUGUUUGUUUAUACACCCAAACAGACAGCUGUUCCACCAUGUCAUCUCUCGCCGUCUCACAUUCCUAUCACGUUAUUCUGAAAAGACUCGCAAGUAAUGAAGGUGAUUCUUGUCUCUGAGGAAGACAGUUACACAAUAAAACUGGUGUAUAAAACAAUAAUUUGUAUAUAAAUUUGUAAAAUAUUUAUAAUUGCAAAAUGAUAGGGUUAAUUUUGUCAGUCUGGCAACCCAUGUGGUAAGGUUUGUGGUAAAAAGCUGUAAAAUCAAUUGAUUUGUAUCUGAUAAAGCUGUAAAAAAAAAAUUA